CCACCACAUACCCUCUGACAACAUGAGGUUCAGCAGCUUCCUGGCCCUGGCGGUCUUCCUCAUUCUCGGGAUGCUGGCCACACAGGCGGCCGUCAUGGCUGGCAAAGUUCAUAUUCCAGUCAGAGUUCAAGAUUCAGUUAAAGGUAAGGAUAUAGUCAAAGGUCAAGGUCCAGUCAGAGGUCCAGGUCCAGUCAAAGGUCAAGAUCCAGUCAGAAGCAAAGGUCCAGUCAAAGGUCAAGAUCCAGUCAGAGGGGAAGGUCCAGUCAAAGGUCAAGAUCCAGUCAGAAGCCAAGGUCCAGUCAAAGGUCAAGAUCCAGUCAGAGGUCAAGGUCCCGCCUCCGUGAAGCCUGGCACCUGCCCCACAGUUAUGAUCCGCUGCGCCAUGUUCAACCCCCCUGCCAAAUGCCAAAGUGACACUGAGUGCCCUGGGGCCAAGAAGUGCUGCGAGGGCUCCUGUGGGAUGGCCUGUCUGGACCCGCAGUGAGGUCCACCUGUCCUGGCCGCACCUGUGAGCUCUCCCAGGUCCAGGCCCUGUGUCAUUGCCUCUCCCGGUUCUUGGUCCACCCCCAUGCCCAGCCCUGGGCUGCCUCUCUCGUCCACUUUUCAAUAAAAACCACUUGUGCUUCA